UAACCGGAACGUCGCAGCAGGGUAGCCCGGGCUUGACGUGUGCAGCGUGUAACUCCCACACGCUGCCUGGGACCCUGUGCUGUCCCCCGGGACCGGGGCUGUCACCCCAGUGCCCAGCAUCACGGCCUAGGACCUCGGGCUUGUCUUUAAAGUGGAGCUCGUUUUUCCCUUGCCGGGCAGAGGAGUUCCUCGGGUCUCUGAGUUCUCAAGGAGGAAAAAGAAAAAGAAAAAAAUUCAGUCCUCAGACAGUUUCAUUAGAAAACAAGGACUCCCAAAGAGUCGUGGAGGUGGCAGCUCAGUGGGAUGUCUGCGCUGCAGCUGCCAUUAAAGGAUGCCAUCUCGUCACACAGUCACUCAAGAGCCCGGCCUUAGAUGUGGAAGUCGAUGUGUUAUGCUCAGUUCUCUACAGCAAUCACAACAGACUGGGCCGCCACAAGCCGCAUUUGGCCCUCAGACAGGUAGAACAGUGCUUAAAGCGUUUGAAAAACAUGCAUUUGGAGGACUCAGUUGAAGACCUGUCAGAGUUGUUGUCUGCCAGUGAAACUCAGCCUGGAGCUACCAAAACCCGUGUCGUCCCCAGCCAGCCGGUGGUGGAGGUAGCGCUGAUGAAGGUUUUGGGGGGCUGCAAGUUGUUGCUGCGCUUGCUGGACUGCUGCUGCAAGGCAUUCCUAUUGACUGUGAAGCACUUGGGGUUGCAGGAAUUCAUUAUUUUGAACCUAGUGAUUGUUGGGCUGGUAAGCAGGUUAUGGGUUCUUCAUAAAGGACUUUUAAGGAGGCUGAUUUCCUUAUAUGAACCAUUGUUUGGAUUGUUUCAGGAGGUCUCCAGGAUUCAGCCCAUGCCUUACUUCAAAGAUUUUGCCUUUCCCUCAGACAUCACUGACUUUCUAGGUCCCCCUUACCUUGAAGUCUUUAAUAAAAAAACGCCUGCAGCUUUUGCCACUAAAGGAGUAACUAAGUUGCUAAACAAACUAUUUUUAAUGAAAGAACAACUACCAAAGAUCAAUGAAGACACUGUAGAUAGAAUUUCCAAAACAUCUCAACAAAUGAAAAGCAAUCUACAGAGUAGUGUGGACCUGGGACAGCCAGUGAAAAUGAGUAAAAAGACCAAAAAAGAACAGCCUUCGGGAUUUGACGUGCGGGCUCUCUGCAUGAGGCUGCGAAACAAAGCUGCUCAGGAGACCAACUGUGAGUUUAAAUAUUCUCAGUCCAAAACAAAGACAACCAAACAUCCCUCUCAGAAACUGAGAAGAACUCACUGGGCUAACAGUAUUGUGCAAAGAAUCCAAGUGACCAAGACUUUCACCCAACUUUCUGAAGAAAUCCAAAUGGCAAUUGUGUGGUCACGGAAAAAAAAGCUCAAGGCUCAGGCCACCUAUCUGGGCAACAAACUUCUUAAGAGUAACAGGCUUAGACAUGUGGAAGCUCAAGGGCACAGUUUGCCAAAGAAGUUACAGUGCAUGAAAACAUCUCUUUGCAACUGCCUUCUUCGAGGCACUUCAAAGCAUCCUCCCAGACAAAGAAGAUCAAAGCAUAAAGUUUUAUCGAGACAAAGAAAACCGCAGAGAAAGUUGCAGUCAACUUUUUUAAAGGAAGCCCAGCAGGUCCCUGAAGGGACCCUGAAGAGCACUGGGGGCACCAGUGCUAAGUGCAGACGCUCAGGUGGGACAGUUCAGAGGUCGGAUAUCAGUCCUAACCGAAAGCAGGUCUUGAGAAGACUUUCAAAGCCUGGCCUAAAAACAAAGGAGCUGGGGAUCCAUAGGAAUCCUACAGGGGGCAGUGGAAAUGAAACUGGUUUGUGGAUGAAGAGACAGAUAGACAAUGCACCAGCAAGUGCUAAGGAGGCAGAUGACAUUGAUGAUAUUUUCGCUUUGAUGGGAGUGUAGAUGUACCUAUGUGAAAGUUCUGAGCAGUUAACAAAAGCUGGCUCAGUGUUCUGUUCAGGCGGGACUGCUAAGAGCUGGAAACACUGCUUGGGCUGGGGGCUGCUUCUGUGCAGGAGUCUGCAGGAGUGCACACCAGCUCAGUAAACAUUCACAGCACCUUUGUGUAAGUUAAUCAGAUAGUGUGUAUUUGGCUUUGACUGUGUGGCGUAUUCAAAUAUGAACAGCCUAUCAGAGUCUACCCUGAGGAACACAUCCUUCUCGACCGAAACAAGCAGGUUUUUGAAAAUGAGAUGAUUUUAUUCUCUCUAGGGAGUUAAAAUCUGAGUAAGUUAGCAAAAUCUUAUAUAUCUGAAGUUAAACAGCAAGAUUGGAGAGAAGCAAAGACGUACCAUAAAGGGUCACUUGGUCUCACUGGCCCCAUUCCCUUUCUAAAGUUUUUACAUUUUGUGUGUGUGUGUGUGGACGUCAGGGUAACUUGUGAGAAUUGGUUCUCUCCUUACCCGUGGGUCACAGGGAUGGAAUUCCUUAGCAGCAUGUGUGUUAACUCACUGAGCCAUCCAACCUGCCCAGGUCCUCCUUUGGGGUAAUGGGGUGACAGUGUGAGUGGAUGCUAUGUUAUUAAAAUGAAUUACCAAGAGAUCUGCCAUUACUCAAAUGGUUAAAACUAUUAUUUAGUCUUCAUUUUGUCACUGUACCUCCUAAGGGGUAUAUGAAAAGGCUUUGGUGUUUUCCUUUUUCUUGUUCCUAUGAAAUGCAGCAAAGAAAUAGGUAAGUGUAUGACAGGAAUAAGGGCAGUCAUAUAUUUAUAACCUGGUAUCAAGGCCUUCACCUGACUAUGUGUACAUAUCUGUACAGUUGCCCCUGGAAAUGAAAAGUCAUGAAUUACAAAAUGAGCUGUCCUGCCCAUGAGAAAAUGUAGUCAGGGAAAAUCUGCUCAACACUCAAUUUCUCCAGGCCAGCAAGAGGCAGGAGGGGUGAACUGAGGAGAAAAUACAGGGAGCCUGCCCCUUGCCCUCUGUAGUGACCAGCUGUCUAGUGACAGCACACAUCCUAAAGCCUGCAAGCCUAGGCACAGCUGGACAAGACUGUCUCCAACAUCUGAGGGUGGGAGUGGUGGGGUGUGAAUCUGGACUUUGCACACUCACUUCAAUGAGAACACAGCUACUUAAUGUUCUGAAACUUUCUGACCAGAAGUAUGAGUCUCAAAAAAGUUACAAGUUUGAACAUGUCUUACUUGGGAGUCUUGGACUUGAGACAUUCUACUAUUGAAGUCUGCAAACAGCCACAACUUGCUACAAAAUCUGUAAUCUGAAACACUUCCAGCUCCUAGCAUCUCAGUAAGAGCUGAAAGGAACAUCAGGUAUUAAAAUUCAGUUGUUUUAA